CUCCGUCCGUCUCCUUCUCCGCCCGCACGCCACCUCCUCGCCGCGUUCCCCCCGAAAAAAAAGAAAACCUCCUCGCCGGCCGGACCUCUCCGUGCCCCUCGAUUUCCCACCUCCGCUCGCCGGCCGUCCAUGGCGGCGGCGGCCGUCGGCAUCAGCAGGACCAGCGCGGCGGGGGCGGGAAGCACCAACAGCAGCGAGUUCCGCUUCUUCCUGUCCUGCGACAUCAGCCUCCCCCUCACCUUCCGCGUCCUCCAGGCCCCCAUCCCGCCCCCCGCUCAAGAUGGUCUCGACAAGAAGGUCUCGGAGCUCUUCGUCGAGUGCAAGCUCUACAUCGACGGCAUCCAGUUCGGCCUUCCCGUCAACACAAGGCUCGAAUCGUCAGGACCGCCGUACUGCUGGAAUGAACUCAUCACGCUGUGCACCAAAUACAGGGACCUAACCUCCCUCGCGCAGCUCGCAUUCACGGUUUGGGAUGUGUCGUCUGGUGAGGGCAAAAGUGUUGUUGGUGGGGCCACUAUAUUUCUGUUCAACAGCAAGAAACAGCUUAAAACAGGGAAGCAGAAGCUGCAGCUAUGGCCCCAAAAGGAGGCAGACGGAAGAGUACCUACCACAACCCCUGGCAAGGUUCCUAAGAAUGAGCGAGGGGAAAUUGAGCGGUUGGAGAGGCUCGUUAACAAGUACGAGAGAGGGCAGAUACAGCAUGUGGAUUGGCUGGACCGUCUGGCCUUCAGUGCGAUCGACAAAGUCAAGGAGAAGGAGUGUGAAAGGCUGGAGAAUUCUUUCCCGAGCCUAGUUGUUGAAUUCUGUAGUUUUGAACACAGAGUUGUCUUCCAGGAAUCUGGAGCGAAUUUCUAUGCACCAACCCCUGUAUCAUUAUCAAACGAGCUUGUUACCGUGUGGGAUCCUGAACUUGGACGAACCAACCCAUCUGAGCACAAGCAGUUAAAGCUUGCCAGGAGCUUGACUCGUGGAAUAAUUGAUAAAGAUCUGAAACCAAGCUCAAAUGAGCGAAAGUCGCUUCAAAGAAUCAUCAAAUGUCCUCCUACACGGACUAUACUACCAGAUGAGAAGCAAUUGGUGUGGAAAUUCCGUUUCUCUUUGAUGUCUGAGAAGAAAGCUCUUACAAAAUUUCUUCGCUCAGUGGAUUGGAGCGAUAUCCAAGAAGCUAAACAAGCUGUUGAAUUGAUUGGAAAGUGGGAAACAAUUGAUGUGGCUGAUGCAUUAGAGCUUCUCUCAUCAGAUUUUAAAAGCGAGGAAGUCCGUGCUUAUGCUGUGAGCGUACUUGAAAGGGCUGAUGAUGAAGAAUUGCAAUGCUACUUACUCCAGUUAGUGCAAGCCCUUCGAUUUGAACGAUCAGACAAGUCACGUCUGGCACACUUUCUUGUAAACCGCGCUUUAUCAAACAUUGAAAUUGCUAGUUUCCUUCGCUGGUAUGUGGUUGUUGAGCUCCAUGAUCAUGCAUAUGCAAAACGAUACUACAGUACGUAUGACAUGCUUGAAGAUGAAAUGAUGAAAAUGGUUGCUAGGGAGGAUGGGGAUGAAGAUGGGUUUCGACUGUGGCAGAGUUUAUCACGUCAAACGGAACUCACUGCUCAAUUAUGUUCUAUUAUGAAGGAUGUAAGAAAUACUCGUGGUAAUGCAGAAAAGAAAAUCGAGAAACUGAGACAGUUGUUAUCAGGAGUUCACAGUGAGCUUACCCACUUUGAUGAGCCAAUUCGUUCACCAUUAGCACCUACACUUCUCCUUACUGGUGUUGUGCCUCAAGAGUCAUCUAUAUUCAAGAGUUCCUUAAUUCCAUUGCGCCUUACAUUUAAGACGGCAAAUGGGGGAACGUCCAAGAUGAUUUUCAAAAAGGGUGAUGACCUCCGCCAGGAUCAAUUGGUCAUUCAAAUGGUCUCUUUAAUGGACCGAUUGCUCAAACUAGAAAACAUGGACUUGCACCUUACUCCAUACCAAGUUCUUGCAACUGGACAGGAUGAAGGGAUGGUUGAAUUCAUUCCUUCCAGCCCGCUUGCACAGAUUAUAUCAGAACAUCGCAGUAUUACAAGUUACCUGCAAAAGUUCCAUCCUGAUGAAGAUGGUCCUUUUGGUAUAACUGCCCAAUGCUUGGAAACUUUUAUAAAAAGUUGUGCUGGUUACUCUGUCAUUACAUACAUUAUGGGUGUUGGAGACAGGCAUCUAGAUAAUCUUCUUAUAAGAGAUGACGGGUGCCUUUUCCAUGUGGACUUCGGUUUUAUUCUGGGUCGAGAUCCAAAGCCAUUUCCACCUCCAAUGAAACUAUGUAAAGAAAUGGUCGAGGCCAUGGGUGGCACGGAAAGCCAAUACUAUACAAGAUUCAAGUCCUACUGCUGUGAAGCAUACAACAUUUUAAGGAAUAACAGCAGCCUUAUAUUGAAUCUAUUCACGUUGAUGGAAAGAUCGAGUAUUCCAGAUAUCUCUACCGAGGAAAAUGCGACCCUUAAGGUUCAGGAGAAAUUCCGGCUGGAUCUGGACGAUGAGGAGGCUAUACAUUUCUUCCAGGGUCUUAUCAACGACAGUGUCAGCGCGUUGUUCCCUCAAAUGGUUGAGACCAUCCAUAGAUGGGCUCAAUAUUGGCGAUGACCACUUCUCCUUGUUUGUAUAGGCUGCAACGGACUAUUAACAAAUAACAACAGAUGUCAAGCAGAGACUGAAUGUUAAGAGGAGACGAAUGCGAUAGAUUUACAGCAUAACGGGGAAACAACGGACAAAUGAGCACACAUACUUUAUUUCCCCGUUGGAUACUUCUAACUUACGAAAUGCAAACUUGUGAAUAUGUCUUCUUCAUGUAAAUCGUCUUGUGUGUGAUGUAAUUAACAAAGACUGUGAAGUGCAAAAUUGUGAACAUGCUAGCAUUUAACUUGGUCUAUGUGUGAUGUAAUUCGGCAUAUAUAAUAUGUGGUGGCAAUGUGUUGAUAUAAGCCUAGGAAAAAAAUGUAACAAGCGGGCGCUUAUUCUAGUUUACCAAA